UGUAAGGUUUGAUAUACAUAUUAUAUAUUCAAGCCAUCUUCCUUAUCUUCUAGUAUUUGAUUCAUUUUAAAUUUUGCUGGCAUUUACCGAAAUUUAUUUAAAAGAUGAGAAUUGACUGGCUUUUCUUUUCCAUUAUGAAACAUACAAGAAGAGGUUGAUGAAAAAGAAAGCAAACGAAUUAUGGCGCCAACACCUGCGACAACUCCACCGCCAACGAACAAUGAUUCUGGACUAACUACUUCAGCCAUUGUGUUGAUCGUGAUCGCUGGAUAUAUUGUUAUUUUUAUCAUCGCUGUAUUUAUACGUCAAUGCUUACUGGCACGUGGUGUCCAUCUCUGCCAUGAUUGGUUCUAUGAACUGUGUUGUACAUCAUGUUCAUGCCCAAGGUGCACGUGUUUCACUCAUUUUGCAGAACUUUGUGACUUCAAUGUUCCAUCAAAAAAUUCUUGCCUUGAUGCAUGUUGCCCGACAAAGGAGAAAUGUGACAAUAUGUUUUGCUGUUGCAUGAAUGAUUUACCUGGAGGUGACUUAUGUGCUGAUUGUAAUGGCCCAGAGUGUCAGUUUGGUGAUUGUAAUUGUGCUUGCAAUUGUCAAGUGCCAGAAUGCAACUCAAUCAACUGUAUUUGCUUCGAAAUCCAACUCAGACAACCAGCUGGAGCUCUAAACAUACAUCAAGGGUUACAAGGGAACAUACAAGGUCAACAGGACUAUAAUCAAUAUCCACAGACAGGUAUUUCCAAUCCUGGUCAACAGAUCAACUACAAUCCACAAUGGUCAAACUCUAACCCUCAAGUUUCAUACCCAGCCAUGUAAUUAUGUAAAUGCAUUGGAUUUUUAUUAUAGUAUAUUUCACUAGUUCAACAAUAUUUGUAUGAAUACAUGUUGUUAGAUAGUACUGUAAGAUGUUACAAUAUUGACUUAUAUUUGCUACAAUGUUACAUAUGUCAUAUACAUCAUGAUUACAGAAAAAUGAGAAGUUCAACGCCGAGGAAUUACAUAAAAACAAAGAAAGUAAAAA